ACCCCACAACACAAAAAGGUGGUAGCAAAAAAGUUCUUUUUGUACACACUGCGAUGAUGGCGAUCAUGAUGCCUCUUGCCUGCAAUUUCAUACACCAACACCACUCUCUCUUCCACCUUUCCACUCAUGCUCAUGCUCAUGCUCAUUCUCUCAUCUCCAAAUCCAACAACACCAUGAUCAACCUUUGAAACCACCACCACAAACCAUGGAGAUGGAGAACAACAAGUGUGGCUGUUGGUCUGUCCUCAAACGUGGUGUUUGUAAACCCUCUGCUUCUAGACAAUCUCCUAACACUAUACCUCGUACUAGUCUCGUUCAUGAUGCAGCAACCGAGACGCGAUAUCUGAACGCUAGCAAUCGGGAGCUCUGUCCUCCAAAUGAAGUUAGGCUGUCUUCUGAUAAUCCUGACCCCCCACCACCUCAGGAAAAUAAGGCUCCUUGCCAGCUUCUUCAAUUCACAUUUCAAGAGCUAAAAUCUGCGACCGGGAAUUUCAGACCUGAUAGCAUUCUUGGGGAGGGGGGUUUUGGUUAUGUUUUCAAAGGAUGGAUCGAGGAAGGUGGAACUGCCCCGGCGAAACCUGGUUCGGGGGUUACAGUAGCUGUUAAAAGCUUGAAGCCAGAUGGUCUUCAGGGUCAUAGAGAAUGGGUGGCUGAAGUUGAUUUUCUUGGACAGCUUCACCAUCCUAACCUUGUGAAACUUAUUGGAUACUGCAUUGAAGAUGAUCAGCGGCUUCUUGUUUACGAGUUUAUGACUCGUGGAAGUCUCGAAAAUCAUCUAUUUAGAAGAACGGUACCUCUUCCAUGGUCUAAUAGGGUGAAGAUUGCACUUGGUGCUGCUAAAGGAUUAGCUUUCCUACAUAAUGGUCCAGAACCAGUCAUUUACAGAGAUUUCAAAACAUCAAACAUUUUGCUCGAUACGGAGUAUAAUGCGAAGCUUUCAGAUUUCGGUCUAGCGAAAGCAGGUCCUCAAGGAGACAAGACACAUGUUUCCACCAGAGUUGUUGGAACUUAUGGCUAUGCUGCACCAGAAUAUGUCAUGACAGGACACUUGACUGCUAAGAGUGAUGUUUAUAGCUUUGGAGUUGUGUUACUCGAGAUUUUAACAGGACGGAGAUCAAUGGACAAGAAACGUCCGAGCGGGGAACAGAAUCUUGUUUCAUGGGCCAGACCAUAUUUAGCAGACAAGCGAAAACUUUACCAACUUGUCGAUCCUCGCUUGGAACUAAACUAUUCCUUAAAAGCAGUACAGAAAAUUUCUCAGUUAGCUUAUGGUUGUCUCAGUAGAGACCCUAAAUGUCGUCCUAACAUGGACGAAGUUGUGAAUGCUCUUACACCGCUGCAGGAUCUUAACGACUUUGCAAUCCUGUCGUAUCACUCUCGUUUAUCUCAACAAGGGAGAAGAAAGAAGAAACCAGAUGGAACUCCGCAUAUCACCUAUACGCAUUCCAAAAGCAUGAGGGCUUCGCCUUUGAAUACCGGAAGACACCUACGAUGAUGUUUGAAGCGAAAUCCUCUUCGAAAAAUGUCUCAUUUGUUGUUUGUUGCUGUGUGUAUGUGGAGAUGGAGAUUUCAAGCUUGCAUAAGUUGUUUUUGGUGUUUAAAACCUGUUAGUAAUGUAAUGAUGUAUUGAUUAUUAUUUCUUUGAGCUCUUUUUAUGAAAGAGCUAAAACCAUUAAUCAUUAUGAAAGGCUUCAAACAUAA